UGGCCGGCCUGAAGGACAUGGGGACACGGGCCAGAGCGACUGGCCCCACACGCCGACAGGAGUGAACCCGAGCUGUCGGGCCAAUCCCCAGGAUGGCGGAAGCCCAUCAGGCCGUGGCCUUCCAGUUCACCGUGACCCCAGAUGGGGUCGACUUCCGGCUCAGUCGGGAGGCCCUGAAACACAUCUACCUAUCUGGGAUCAACUCCUGGAAGAAACGCCUGAUUCGCAUCAAGAAUGGCAUCCUUAGGGGUGUGUAUCCUGGCAGCCCCACCAGCUGGCUGGUCGUCGUCAUGGCUACAGUGGGUUCCUCCUAUUGCAAUGUGGACGUCUCCAUGGGGCUAGUCUGUUACAUCCAGAAAUACCUCCCUGAGGGAUAUGGCCCCUACCGAACCCCACAGACCCGGGCACUUGUCAGCAUGGCCAUCUUCUCCACGGGAGUGUGGAUGCUGGGCAUCUUUUUCUUCCGCCAAACCCUGAAACUGCUUCUUUCCUACCAUGGCUGGAUGUUUGAGAUGCAUGGCCGGACCAGCCGCUUCACCAAAGUCUGGGCUAUCUGCGUUCGCCUUCUGUCUGGCCGGCGGCCCAUGCUCUACAGCUUCCAGACAUCUCUACCCAAGCUCCCCGUGCCCAAGGUGUCAGCCACGAUUCAGCGGUACCUGGAGUCGGUGCGGCCCUUGUUGAACGACGAGGAUUAUUACCGCAAGGAGAAGCUGGCCAAGGAAUUCCAGGAGAAGACUGCGCCCAGGCUGCAGAAGUACCUGAUACUCAAGUCGUGGUGGGCGACCAACUACGUGAGUGACUGGUGGGAAGAGUACAUCUACCUUCGAGGCCGGAACCCCCUCAUGGUGAACAGCAACUAUUACGUCAUGGACUUUGUGUUCACCAAGAACACGGACGUACAAGCAGCCCGACUGGGAAACAUCGUUCAUGCCAUGAUCACAUAUCGCCGUAAACUGGACCGGGAACAGAUCAAGCCUGUGAUGGCACUGGGCAUCGUGCCCAUGUGCUCCUACCAGAUGGAGAGAAUGUUCAACACCACUCGGAUCCCGGGCAAGGAGACAGACGUGCUGCAGCACCUGGCCGAGAGCAGGCAUGUGGCGGUGUACCACCGGGGCCGCUUCUUCAAGGUGUGGCUCUAUGACGGCUCCAGCCUGCUCAAGCCUCGGGACCUGGAGCUGCAGUUCCAGAGGAUCCUGGAUGACUCCUCCCCACCUCAGCCUGGCGAGGAGAGGCUGGCAGCCCUCACUGCAGGCGGAAGAACGGAGUGGGCACAGGCACGCCAGACCUUCUUCAGCUCCGGCAAGAACAAGGCUUCUCUGGACACCAUUGAGCGUGCUGCUUUCUUUGUGACCCUGGACGAGGAGUCUCACUGCUAUGACCCCGAAGAUGAGGCCAGCCUCAGCCUGUAUGGCAAGGCUCUGCUGCACGGCAACUGCUACAACAGGUGGUUCGACAAGUCUUUCACUCUCAUUGCCUUCAAGAAUGGCCAGUUGGGCCUCAACACAGAACACUCCUGGGCAGACGCCCCAAUCGUAGGACACCUCUGGGAGUUUGCCCUGGGCACUGACACCUUCCACCUGGGCUACUCGGACACUGGGAACUGCCUGGGCCAACCAAACCUCAUGCUGGCACCUCCUCAGCGGCUGCAGUGGGACAUCCCUGAGAAGUGCCAGGCGGCCAUCGACAGCUCCUACCAGGUGGCCAGGGCGCUGGCAGAAAACGUGGAGCUGUACUGUUUCCAGUUCCUGCCCUUUGGCAAAGGCCUGAUCAAGAAAUGUCGCACCAGCCCUGACGCCUUCGUGCAGAUCGCGCUGCAGCUGGCGCACUUCCGGGACAGGAGCAAGUUCUGCCUGACCUACGAAGCCUCCAUGACGAGGAUGUUCCGUGAGGGGCGCACCGAGACGGUGCGUUCCUGUACCAGCGAGUCCACAGCCUUCGUGCAGGCCAUGGUGGAGGGCACCCACAAGAAAGCAGACCUCCAGAACCUCUUCCGGAAAGCUUCUGAGAAGCACCAGAACAUGUACCGCCUGGCCAUGACGGGGCAUGGCAUCGACAGGCACCUCUUCUGCCUUUACGUGGUCUCCAAGUACCUGGGGGUCAGCUCCCCUUUCCUGGCGGAGGUGCUCUCGGAACCCUGGCGCCUCUCCACCAGCCAGAGCGCUCAAUUCCAGAUCGGCAUGUUUGACCCAAAGAAGUACCCCAAUCACCUGGGCGCUGGCGGUGGCUUUGGACCUGUAGUGGAUGAUGGCUAUGGGGUCUCCUACAUGAUCGCGGGUGAGAACACCAUCUUCUUCCAUGUCUCCAGCAUGUUCUCAAGCUCAGAGACGAAUGCCCAGCGUUUUGGGAACCACAUCCGCCAAGCUCUGCUGGACAUUGCUGAUCUUUUCCAAGUUCCCAAGGCUGACAGUUGAGGGCCAGAGAGAUGCCAGCUGCCCUCUCGCUCCCACGUUUGGAGGGCUGGGCCUGUGGUCAGGUCACAGGCACAUGUGACCAUGCACAGGUGACCAGGCUCCAAGGACAGCUCUGGCAGUAGGUGCUCCUGGGCAGAUGCUCCCUGAUGGCCCCCAUGGCAGAGGUGGAAUGGGAGCACGGAGGGAAUUUUGACUUUUUUUCUUGCUAGAUACUAAUAAAAAUAAGGCUAUGUAAUUCUCUCUUAGCCCUUAGGUUUCUGUGUUUUGUUUGGGAAGUAGGAGGCCGUCCCCUGGCCCCAGCUCAGGCCAGAGAGGUGGCAAGAGAAGGGCUGGGGCUGAGAGACCAAGAAGCUUGUAACUUGCUUUGAAAUGUCUCUGCUGAGGUCACUGUCCAUACCCACUGUGUGCACGUGGAAUAAAUUCUUGCUUCAGAACCUUCA